AUGUUGUUCCGCCGGGGAUGGUUCUCGUCGUCGACGUCCGCCGUAGCGGUCUUCGUGUACAUCGCAGUCGCCGUCGUGGGCAUUUCAGGAUCGAUACUUUGGGUGAGUACGACAAUAUUAAAAUGUUUCUGCAAUAAUAUCAUAACACAGUCAUAGGCGGAGCUAGACUUUAAUUACAGAGGUGUGUUCCAAACGGUCCGAACUAUAAACUACGUAUAAUAUUGGAGAUUUAUUUUAAAGAUCGAUUUAGUUGUUAGGACAAUAUUGAACACGGUGAUUUAAAAAGCUUGAAAAAUGUUCUGAAUUCGGAGCGUGGCGAGGAAUGUACUGGUCUUACAAUGAUGUGAAUUUAUUUUCAUUUUUUUUCUGCGAGCAACUUUAAUACCAGAAAUCUUGCUCCGGUGUUUCAAGUGUAGCAGUUUUUCCGAAAGGAAAUUUUAUCUCCUUGGUAUUUUAAGAGGUCAUAUGCCAAACGGUUUUCAUAACAAUUGGGAAAAAACUUAAGAAAAACGGGAAAAUUGACGCGCACGUAUAAAAGAAACAUAGCUCCGAAUCGUUUUUCGUUAAUAAUGGUUUAUUGUUGUGUACAGAUAAAAAUUAAAUUCCACUCUAUAUAUCCCACCUUCCCAACUUCUCACCUACAACAGUGGCCCACCCAUCGUGUGAAGUAUGUCCGUAUUAUUUUUUUAUUUUAGUUCAUAAGUUUUACGAAAUGUCGUUAAUACACGAAAUAACUGAAGACAAUUUUGUAUUUUUUUUCUUCAUAUUAAAUGAAAAAUAAGUUUUCCUCAAUUUGAAAAAUAUCAGACAGUAGGUAUUUAGAGUGUGUUUAAAGCAUAUCCCGUGGCUCCGCCUAUGAAUAGUUAGGUAACUAUCGUAUCUUUAUGGCUCGGAUGUUAUUGCAGUGACAAAGUACCCCGCAGACAAACCAUUUGUAGCGUAGGGCGAUUAGAACAUUUUUUUCUAAAAAUUUCUUUGUAAAUUGUAUUCAAUUUUUAUCGGUUUUACUAAACAGCUAAUAUCCGUAUUCGUUCGACUUUCGCCGUAAUUUAUUUUCAUCUUUCUCGUUUUUCUUAUAUAAUACUAUUAGGUACUAAAAAAAAAAAAAAAAAAAAAAAAACAAAAAAUUUGAAACAUAAUAAUGCGAAUAAAUUUAAGGUAUACAAAAUAAAUUUGAAUUAGACAUUUUUUGAUUUUACUUCGUGGUUGAUACUUCCACAAAAUCAAUUCGAAAUUUAUACUUGGUUGCAACAAACUCAAUAAUUAAAAUAUCAACCAAUAGGAUAAAAAUGUGCAUAUAUUCGCAAAUAUUUUUUUUGCACACACGUAUAUUUAGAUUAAGUUUGUAUACGAUUUAAUCACUGUUACAUUAGUUACUAGUUACAAAUAGCUUAUUAUUCAUAAGUAAAUCAUUAUUUCAACUGGAAAACAUUACGCCCAACUUUUAAAGAAAAUGUAGUUACGCCUUAUCACAGUAUUUUAAUAAAAAUACAUUUAAAUACAUAUUGUGCUUUUUAUACUGCAGUUUUUCGCCGGUAUUUUCUUUAGAAAACUAUUUUCAUUUUUUUUUUUUUUUUUUGUUAAACGGUAAAAACGUUUUUCAACACACAAUUUUCCUUUUGAUUAUUAAACUAUCAUUGUAGAUACACAAAAAAAAAAAAAAAAACCUUCUAUUAUGAUCAUGUAUUGUUACAGACAAUAGGUGUAUUAACGAAAGUAGAUAUCGAAUUAUUAUUUAAUAUUGAAAUGAAUUUACUUUAUUAAAAACUAAAAUUAUUUUUAUCAACUGACCUAUUAUUUUAAAUACCCAACUGCAAUAUUUCCCAGAGCUCGCGUCGAAAAUUUGAACUGAAUUGUUAAAUCACUGCAGCUGACCUGACAUUUCGAUAAAUACUUAACUGCAGUUUUUAACUAACGUAAUAUAAUUUUUUUUUCUAACGAUUAUGCCGAGAUUAAAACGCACGUGAUUGUGUGUUUUAAAAAAAAAAAAAAACAAUUGAAUCAUUUUUAACAAUACUUAUAGUUAUAUAAGUAUAUAUAAUAUAAUAACAACUCUUUAUAUAAUAUACUUUUUUUUUUUUUUUUAUUCUAGAUCUGUCACUAUUUAUUUACCAAUCAGGUAUACUAACAAUUAUUAUUUAUAACCGCAUCUGUAAGUUAAUUUAUACCUAUAUAAAUUGCUUCAUAAUUUUACAUUAUAUUAACAAUAUAUUUACGGUGUACAAUAAAUUAUUAAUAAUAUUUUUACUUCGAAAAACCGCGGUCAUCUGUGUAGUUUAGAUAAUAACCACUAUACAUGUAUCCCCUAUUUUGUCCCGAAAAUAAUCAAUUUUUAGCAUUUUCGUCUUUUAUAAUUUUGUCUCGUGUAAUUUUUCCCUUUUUAUUAUUUGAUUUAAAUGACAUACGUGCAGUGAGUAGACCCACUUUUCGCCGAAAUGAACACAAUUUCGAAAUUAAAUAUUUGUAUUAGUUGUCUUUCCCAUCCAAACAUUUAUAUUAUUUUAUCUGGCCUACUUAGAAAGGCUACGCCCCUGCAUAUGUGUAUCCUAACAUAACAUGUUGUACUGAAAAUUAAAAAUUCUUAAGUUGUACUUUUUGUUCGACAAAAAUACACGAAUCACACAUUUAUACCAUCAAACAAUUUAUGCCAUAUUUAGCUUAGAACAUUUAGAAAUUAUACAUUUAGCACUAUUCAAAAUAAUUGUGAAUUGACUUAUGUGGAAAACUAUAUAAUUGACUUAAUUUUCUGGGACAAAAGAUAGUAAAAACACAUUAUAUACGAGUAAUUAUUUCAUAUAAGUACUUUGUUGCAUAUAGUACUAUAAAUGUUUAGAAAUUAAUAUAUUUUGUUUUUACGGAAAUUGUUCAUUGUUCACCGUAAUUUUAUGUUUAACACCAUUCUAUAUUAUUAUAGUUGGUUGGUAUGCCUACCAAUAUAAUUAUAUGACGUAUAAUUCUAUCUUGACAUAGACUCAGAAAAAAUUAUAUUCAUUAUAGAAAGUAUAGGGUACCUUUAUUUAGAAAUAGAAUAGUUUUAAAUCAAUACAAUUCUGAAAUUGGGAAUUAAAAAGAAAAAAAAAAGUUGAAAAACUCAUUUCAUGGUCGAAUAAAAGCGUGAUUGUUAUUCUAAAUUUCGAUAUAACGAUCGUAGAUACAGGUAGGUAUAUUGUCCCGUCAUCACGAUAUUAUAAUAUUAUCAAUCGAAUUUCGCAAGAAAGUUUUAAAAAACUAAACAUGUUAUUGUACACACCGUCAGCUGAUUCAGCUGCGCGCCGUGUGAAAAUCGGUACAUUUUUAACAAAAAGGAAAACAAAUCGUGAAACUACUAAUCUAUUGUGUUAUUAAAAUAAUAUAAUAUGUAGGAAUUUAUCUGCUUGAACAAUAUACUAUACUUGUAUUAUAAUAUAUUUUCGAAAUCUAAAUACAAUCUAAAACGAUUUUUUUUUUAUUAAGGUAUUAAUUAUAUUAUUAAUUAUGUUUAUAAACUUAUAUACUUCAAUAUACUCAUUUAUUAAAUAAAUAACAGACAAAUAUUAUAAAAAUAAAUACAUUUUGUAUAAAAAAAAUAACAGUUACAUAUUGGUAGCAGGUAAAAAAAAAAAAAAAAAAUAAUACAAAUUUUAAUUUUUUGAUUAUUGGUUUAACCUUGGGCCUUACCAACAACAAUUAUUGUUAUUUUUUUUUUUCAAUAAACUAAUUUACGUAGUGAAAAACAAAAAUGUUAAGUUCAAUUAAAUUAUGAAAUUGAAAAAGAAACGAGACACAACUGACUCACUUAGCAAUGCAUUGCAUUCGAUGAAGUUGUGACCUAGUUUUAGAUAAGUAUACCUAUAUAUUAUAAUUUUUUAAUAUUUAAUAAAAUAUUGUACCUACUAUAUUAUGUAUACUUAUAUAGUAUACGUGUACACGGAAGUAACGGAAAAUACUAGACGUAUAUAUAUAUAUAUAUAUAUAUAUAUAUAUAUAUAUAUUAUUAAUACUUUUGGUUUUCUAUAAUAUUAAAAGCAUGUCAAAUGUAGUACUAUAUUUAUUAGUACCCACUACAUACUAUAGUACUAUAGCAUAUUAUAAUAUGUAAGCGUCUGGCCUAAUGAUAACUAUAAAUACUUUUGGUUUUCUAAAUCGUAAUUGUCUUAAAUUGUUGUUUUUUUUCCUUUUAUUUUUUUUUCUGUGUCUUUUUAUGUACUUAUUUUGUUUGCUUGUAUUUUUUCCCCUAGACUUGUGUAUAAUACCUAUAGCUGUUUUAUUUAAUAAAUUCGUAAACUCUUUUUUUUUUCUUUUUUUUUUUUAUCGUUAAAUACACAUAUACUUAGCUUACCUAGGUGUUAUGCAUUUUUGUUUGUUAUUAAUUAAUAUUUUGAUAAUUUGAUUACCUACAUAAUAUUAAUAAAUUAUUCGUAAAUCGACUAUAAUUAUCAGUAUUCGAAAAUUCGGAACAUUCGACUAUGGAAUUUUAAAAAAAUUCGUUUUAUUUUAAUUAUUUAAUUAAAUUAUUAUUUUUCAAGUAAUAUUUCAGGUGUAUAGAUUAAAACGUGUGUUGUUGUUAGAACGGCAACGCCCGAUAUUCUGUAAACCAGUUAACUAUUUAUAGCUAGCUCGAUAAGAUUUUUUAGAAAAGUUUGAAGACAAUUAAAGUAAUUUGUUGUCAUACUGUUUGCACCGUUUAUUUUAAUAAUACAUAUUAGCUUGGAACCUUACAAAAUCUUAAAAUUAAUUUCGUUUAAAAUGUCUAAUGUACGAGUAUAAUGCAUUGAUUAAUUUAAAUAUUUUUAAAGUCGAAGGAGCUGAUUACUGAUAACUGACGCCCAAAGUCAACCAAUACUAAUUAAUGAUACAAUAGCACCCCGUUUCUUAUUUCUGAUAAUUUAUACUUCAACAUUUGUUUCUCUGUGUGCAUUAAGUAUUAACAACUCCUCUUGUAUUUUUUCAAAUAUUUGCCUCACAGCUUACAACGCUUAUAAGGAUUACGAGUUGCCACUGCUAUAAUACACUUAUAUUAAAAUUUUUCAUAUUUCGUAUUUUUAUUGUUCUAUAAUUUACAAACUGAUAAUUUAAAUGCUCUGUUCCAAAAGCCACGUGCCGAGCUAUGAUUUGGUUCCAAUGUUAUAUUAUUAUAAUACGAGUAAAAAAAAAAAAAAACAAAUAAUACAAAUAAAAAUUUGUGUGUAGUAGUAGAAUAUUAUUAUUGUGUAGUAUGACACUAUCAAGAAAAAUAAACAAAAGAAGAUCAUCGUCUAUUAAAUUCAAUAUUUAUAAUUGCAAUUUUUCCGAGGUACCUACCUUCGAAACUAUGCCAUUCAAACAUUGCAAAAAUAUGUGUUUUCGGAGUGUUAGGAACUUUUUUAUAAUGAUAAUGAUGCACCAGACUGUUUUGGUUAACUAAAUAAUCGGGGGGUCUUGUAAACAAAUUUUAUGAACAAUUGUGUAAUUGUGGACAGUGAUGGCAUACUACCUAGAGUUGUUCAACGGAAGGAGUUGAACGUAGGAAAUUAAAAUUACGUGUAGUAAUGUAACGCAAACAAAAAUAUGUCAAGGGCCGAUUAAUCGAUUAUGUAUAAAUCUUUUUUCUCGUGGUCAUUUCGCACAGACUGGCAUACAAUUGUGUUGGACAAUAAACUGUCUGUUAGUAUAAUAGGAAAUAACAGUUUUCAAUAGUUUGUAUCACAACUCGGCCAAUGACGGGGGCUGAAGCCCUUCAGACACUCUCCUCCGGGUAUGUCACUGCGGGUAGUUGGCAUCAAAUUUUAGCAAAUUCACUUUACAAAAGUCAUUCACGUUACCUACCGUACAGCGUUGUUACGACGAAAAAUGAACACGGUCGCGGAUAGUGAAUCGUCAUCUACAUUACUACUAUAUUAUUAAUUAUUAUUAUAGUUUGUUACAAUACAUGAAAACAAUUGCGGCUAAUAAUAUUGGUUUCGAUAAUAUUUGGUUUGUACGUUUUUGUUUUAACGAUCGUAUUGUAUUGUUGUACAUACUACGCGUGCACCUAUAUCCAGUAAAACAAUAACCCGUAGUGCGCGGCUGUUCAACCACAAUUAAUAACACCUUAUAAGUCCGUACAAUAUCAUAAUAACAAUUAAUAAACGUAUUGCGAUAUUUAAAGGAAAGUCCAAUUGCCUAUAGCUCGUAUAUUAUUAUAAUAGGUUCUGAAUCGUAAAUUGUUAAGUAUCGUGUUUGUACACUGCAUUAUAAGUAUUCGCGUCGGAAAUCAAUAUCGACGUAACACAAUUCCACCAUAACUAAUUGUACAAACAAUGCGCACUAAUGAUCUGGAGUAUUCUUGGCAAUGACAAAUAUGUUAAAAACGCCAUACUUUUUGUGAAUCGUACAUUGUUUUGUAACGGCGUAAACAACGUUUUAUAAUACUAUGUAAAUGAGUAUGAACCAGUUGAAAACAACAAAUCUUUCUACAAUAAUACUUGAAUGACAUCAUUCGGCUAUACACAUAUAUUAUGCAAGAUUGCAAGGGGUCCCAUCAAGAUAUUUCCAUUGUAAUAUCUCCGGAGAUAAUAAUAACGGUAAUCAAAUUGUGGUUUUUAUGUUACUUGCGGAGAUCAGGUCUACAAACAUUAAUAUUUCAAUUCAUUUUUGUCACGGUAAAAAUUUUAAAAAAUAACUUUAUUUUAUUGUUUUUAAAACGUUUGAAUAAAGCCAUUUUAUAGAGUUUAUUCUUGUGAAAAUGUCGACGUAUUAAUUUUUAUUUUCAUUAAAUUCGUGAUUUUUCAUAAUUUUUUCAAGUCCAGAGAAAAAAAGUGUGUAGUCAAUUUUCAAAUUAAUUAUAACUUAAGAGUUUAAAAAUCAAAUUUCGACGAAAAUCGUAAAUAUUACGACUUUUCACAACAUGUGUAACUUGUAUAUGGACUUCGCUCCAAAUCGUUUUUCGUUAAUACUGGUUUAUCGUUGAUUACAGGUUUAAACUAAAUAAUUUUAUGUAUCCCACCUUCCUAACUACUCACCUACAACAGUGGCCGCACCCGUUCAUUAUUUUUAUAUUGAGUUUUUUUUUUUUUUUUAUUGAUUUUGAUAAGAACAAAAGAAAUAUCCGAUUAAUGCUUUUCACGGGAGGCUUCAGCCCCGCAGCCCCUGUGUACUUGGUGUUUAUAAUUGAAAAUAUAACACACGAAAUCACGUUUUUUGAACUACGAAAAAUGCGAAUUAGGCCAGUGAUUUGUAAAAUAUCGUAAACAUUCGAUUUGAAAAUUUGAAAACUGAAAUAUUGUGGAAGUAGUUAAAUACAUGGUUUAUUGGGGGAAUGUAUGUAGUUUAAUUGUUGAUGCAUUAGGGCCGGUCAAUCGAGAAGGGGGUAAUUAGGGGUGAUAUCUCUUCUCGUGACCUUUUGUACAUAAAUAUUUAUAAUUAUAUAAUGUACAUUAUAUAUUACCGAUUUGUUUAUACAUAUAAAAAAAAAAAUGUAAAUUAUGUAUAUAUUAUAUUAUUAUGUAUAUAUUGAAUUAUAUUAAAAAAUAUAUUCAGGUUUUAUAACCUCUUUCUUUAUAUUUUAUUGCUAUUUUUUUUUAAAAUAAACAUAAAGCUAUAAAGUUAACACAGUCAAAUAUUUUUUUUUCUGAGAAUUUUCAAAUUUUUUGUCAAAUAUCUAAAAUGUCUGGAAAAAAUAUUUAACUGUGUGGGCAUUCAUACGAUUUGGAAUGUUUUAUUAUUUUCGUUAAUAUUUUUAUGGUGUAAACAUAUAUAUAUAUAUUUAUUUUUUUUAUAAUACAGUCGACUCCGUUUUAUUGAAGCAUCGGUUAAUGAGAACAACCGCUUAAUCGGCACACUUCUUCAAUUACUAAAACAAACUAACGAUUUUAGUGUAAAUAGUUCACGAAACCGGAUAACCGGGACAUAGCUGUCUGUAUAGUUAAUGAAGAAUUGAUGGGCCACUCAUAUACUCGUAUAACUUACUCACCGCGGCGUUCAGAGAUGGACUGUAUAAUGUUUUCUUUUUCUAGCAGAGAUUUUUGAGGUUAUGUUCGUUACUAAGAUUGGAUCUUAGUUCGUGAUCUGUAGAUAAUGUUAUUGUCAUUACUCAUUUGUACUGUUUGUUAUCAUUUCGAAAUUUACUAAGAAAAUUUGAAGUUUUUUAUUUAACAAUAAUUGUUUGAAGGGAAAAGACAUAUUUAUAUGGCCAUUUGAAUUAAACAUUUUUUAAACUUCUCUCUUGCACAUCCUGAAUAACGAUUGUGUAUAUGAUGGCCUAUCCAUUCUUUAUUAUCUAUGGCUAUAAGUAUAUUUCAACAGUUUCGAUAGUCCAAAAAUAUUCGUUUCUCAAUGUUAUUUUUGUCAUCAUGUACAUCGUUUAUGGUAUGUUUUUUGUUUUUCAUUAUGGUUUCAUUUUUGUCACUGUUAUCGUUAUUUAAUAUUAAUAAUAUUAAUAAAAAAUAAUUCAAAUAAUUUAUUUGUAUUAUUAUACCAAUAACUCAUUAGUAAAAAUUGAAUGUUUUUUCUAACUUUGGAUUAUUGGGACAACCGUUUUAUUGGGACAAAACAGUACGUAACCGAUGUGUCCCAAUAAAGCGGAGUUAACUGUACAUAGAAAAUCACUAAAACCAUUAUGUUAUGCAAUGUUAUUUGUGUAUUUAAUUUUAGACGAGUAAACCUACUUUUACGGUCGAUUAUGAAAGAAACGAGUUCCUCAUGGACGGUCAAGUAUUUCGGUACAUCUCGGGAUCAUUACACUAUUUCAGAGUGCCCAAAGCCUACUGGAAAGAUAGAAUUCAAAAGAUGAAAGCUGCCGGUUUAAAUACUGUUUCGACGUGAGUACCUAUACCCGAUACCUUAUGAUAAAUAAUUGAUAAUAGAAUUAUAUAUAUAUAUAAAAAAUGCUGUAAUCCAUUUUGCACCGAUACGACCCGUAAUAUGCGUGAAUAUGUAACAAUAAUAUUAAGUAGGAGUGCUAACACCCGAAAUUCGGUUGUAAAAACUGCUUACGCUAGCGAAACGCCGAUCUCUUCGGAUUAUGGACUUAAUUAAGGAACCAAAUGAAACCAAAAGAAACCUAACCUAACCUAACCUAAACUAAUCUUAUAUAAAGGAGAACUUGCACAGUAUAACGUUGGGUUUGGUUUUUCGAUAUCUACUAUACAUUUAAAAAAAUUUAUUAUUGUUCUAAAAUCUGAUAGUUCAAACUUUUUCUAAUUCGAAUGACUAUUUUCAUAGUAAUGGUAUCAAAGAAGCUAAAAUUGACGUCGCACAAUGCAAUGUCUGAUUUUUUGAAGUUAUUGUAGUUACCUAUACUUAAUUAAGUGAAUACCCGAGUAAUCUUUGCGCGUGUGAAACGGUUUCUAUAUUAACAUUUUUGAUAACUUCAUGAUAGCACGACAAAUACCUACAUGUAUAACAAUGAUACGGGAUGACACUGUUCGUAAAUAUGUUUGAAUAUUUUUGAAUUUAUUAAAUUUUAUUUUUCCAAUGUCGAGAAAAUUGCUUAUACGACGCAGGCUCUUAAAUUCAUGAAUAAUAUUGAGAGUUUUAUACUUUGCUGACGUAUUUUUAUAUACUAUAGUUAUGUAGAAUGGAGUUUACACGAACCUCGUCCGGAUAAUUAUAACUUCGAGGACAUGGCUGAUUUGGAGCAUUUUUUGCAAUUGAUCAAGGACGAGGGUAUGUACGUGCUGCUCAGACCGGGACCGUACAUUUGCGCCGAACGAGACUUCGUAAGUACAUCACUAUAUUUUCGUAAAGUAUCUAUUAAAAAAUAGAUUCUGUAUUUAUAGCAGCCAAAUGUAAACUGCUUGUUUUUUUUUUUGUCCAUAUUUUAGGGCGGAUUUCCGUAUUGGCUGUUGAACGUGGUACCCAGAAAACGUCUUAGAACUAAUGAUCCGAGUACGUAUUCUAAUAUUGUAGGAGUUUCUAUAUUAUUCCUACAUUCUCACCGCUUACUUUCACGUAAUAUUUAUUUCACCAUACAUCGAAUAGUUCAACUGCAGUUUGUUCAUUUAAAAAUUGCUGUAAAAAUCCUUUCGAGACAGAAUCUUCCCAGAAUGAAAGGCGUUUAAGUUUUUAAAAUGUAGUCGUAUUUCAUUACGAAUGUUUUGUAUAAUAAUUUCUUUCAUUUUUCAAAACGUUUGAUAUAUAUAUAUAUAUAUAUAUAUAUAUAUAUACCUAUAUAAUAACUGCAGCCAAUAAUAAUACGAAUAAAGAAUAUAGGUAUCUCCUUUUAUGUUAAAUUUAUAUUUUGAUUUCCACAGGUUAUAAACAUUACAUUACCAAAUGGUUUAAUGUACUGAUGCCGAAAAUCGAUCGGUUUCUGUACGGAAACGGCGGAAACAUCAUUAUGGUCCAGGUUUGACAAUAAUAAUAAUAUAUACUGCAAUACGUUAAAAAUAUUUCACUAUUCCUAUUAUGUAUGCAUUUUACAUGCAUUUAAUUAAAAAUAAAACGUUAUUGGGGCAAACAUAAAAAAAAAAAUCAAAAAAUUAAAAUAAUUAGAGUAGGUAAUAUUUUACCUACCGCAGUAAUAUUUUAGAUUCUAAGUGUAGCGAAGAAGCUUAUAGUUUUACAAAUAUGUUAAUUUUUUAAAUUUUUUUUUCUGUGGACAACGUUCCUACCAGAGGACUUGCUCCGAUUUUUACGUGUCUUUUUCUGAAAGGAAAUCGGUGUGGGGAGGUAUUUUAAAAAGUCGUUUUUCGAUUUUCCUCAGAGUUUUCUCAAAAAAUGUGAAAAACCGAAAAAAACCGACAUAAUGUAAGAAAUGUAGGUAUUAGCUAAACAUAUUAUAGCCUUCUAUUUUCCUGCGGACGACUUUUCUACCAGCAAAUUUUACUCUAACUUAUAAUGUAGCAAUUUUUAUAAAAGGAAAUUUCUCUAGGGAGGUACUUUAGAGACAUUUUUUGAUUUUCUCAGGAUUUUUCACAAUAAAUGGGGAAAACCGAGUAAAAUGAAUGAAAAACUGGAAAAUAGGUUCAAUAUUCAAUAAGAAAAUAUAUACUAUAUAUUAUGUAAUUAUUUUACAUAUAUUUGACACAAUAUGUCAUAUAUAUUGUUGACAAAGCAACACUAUCAACCGAAUUUCGCUCAGAAUCGUUCUUUCAUUAGUAAUGGCUUUUCGCUAGUUACAGAUAAACUUUAAAUUACCUAUAACAGUGGCUGCAUCCGUCCCCGUUAUUCUAGGACAGAUUUUUCAUUACAUAAUUUUAUUUUUACUCAAUUGACGAACAACGAAACGGUUUUAACUUUGAAAAAUAACUACAAGCAGUGGCGGCAUUUGGAAGAUGUAUAUGGGUGCAGUUGUACUCAUGAAGAUUCUGCUGAGGGGGUAAAAGUACCAUUUCGCACACACAGACAACAGAUAAAAAAUUUAAAACAAACAAGCUAGUGCGUAUGUAUUAAUAUAAUAUACUAUUACGUCAGCACUAGUAUUACUAAUUUUGUGGUAGUAGUUAAAAAAUGUUAGAUAGUUAGAUAUUUUAAAAGGAUGAGGAAGGAUGAGUUUUGUGAAUUAUGUUAAUUUUGGCACCCGUGCAUUCUACUAAGUGUGCCGCUUAUGACUGCAAGUAAUAAUGAAGUUUUUAUUUUUCGAUAUUUUCUUCCGGCUACUAUUGGUUUUACAGUAAUAUUUAUUUUUUUUUUUUCUAUGAAUAAUUUUUUACCAGAAAUUUAGCUCAGAUUGUCAAGUGUAGCAACUUUUUUGAAAAGAAAUCUGACUGGGGAGGUAAUUUAGGGAGGUUAGUUUUUGAUUUCCCUGGGGUUUUCAUAAUAAAUGGGAAAAAUCGGAAAAAAACGGAGGAAAAACGAGGAAAUUUACGAAGUGUAUUAUAUUUUACUAAUCGUAAAUAUUACGGUCUUUCAAAAUAUGUAUGACCGAACUUCGCUUAGAAUCGUUUUUCGUUAGCGAUGAUUAAUCGUUGUGUACAGAAAUACACUAAGUUUCCCCCGUAUCUUCCUAACUUCUCACCUACAACAGUGGCUCACCCAUCGUGCAAAAUAUAUCCGAUUAUUAUUAUUAUGUUUUUGUUUUUUUUUUUGUGCAGGUCGAAAAUGAAUACGGAAGCUAUAACGCGUGUGAUCAAAAGUACAUGUUAUGGUUACGAGAUUUGUUUAAGAGUUAUGUGGGAUAUAAAGCGUUACUCUAUACGACCGACGGUUGUGGAUACCAGUAUUUCACAUGCGGAUCUAUACCAGAAGUUUACGCGACGGUAGAUUUCGGUGCUUCGACCAAAAACGGUAAGCAACUAUGUAUAUGCCUAUACAUAAAACGUAAUAAUAUCAUAAUUUGUCUUCGUAUAUUAUGUAUGUAAAUUUAUUAUAUUUCCCGCAGUGUCCGAUUGUUUUAAAUACAUGAGAAAAGCCCAAAACAGAGGGCCAUUGGUCAAUUCUGAGUUUUACGUGGGUUGGCUGGCCUAUUGGCAGAGACCUGUGCCCGUAGUGAGUUCUAAAGACAUCGCGCGUGGCAUUAAAGACAUGUUGGCCCUGAACGCGUCGAUUAAUUUUUACAUGUUCCACGGAGGUACAAAUUUCGGAUUUACCGCCGGUGCCAAUAAAUUCGAGAAUAAAAAUAAUUCGGAUUACAUGCCUCAGCUGACGUCGUACGAUUACGAUGCGCCAUUAAACGAAGCCGGCGAUCCAACUGAGAAGUAUUUUGUCAUUAAAAAAUUGCUUGAAGAAGUCGUAAGUUUUCUCCGAAAUGCGUGUAAUAAGUGGUUAGAGAAGGAAACCUAAUGCGUGCGGGAGCAUAACAUUUUGUUUCCGCGACGGGUUCUCUGAAAGUUUAGUCGAGUUUAGUUAUAGUUCUCGGGAACGGCCUUCAAUUUUUAGUAAAUAAUACCUUCCCUCUCUCUCGAAGAUUUUCCACUUUAACCACUGCUUUUAAUUUAUCAACAGUACUAUCGGUAUAAAUUUCUAACGGAAAACUCGUGGCAAACAGAAUUUUUCAGCUUCGAAUGAAAUAUCGCCAGUCCCGGCACCCAAGGGCAAUUAUGGCAAGUUUGUAAUGCGACCGUUGGUAAGUCUUUUCGAAAAAGUCACGCAGCGACAUGAACCAAUCGAAAACAACAUUCCAUUGUCGUUCGAAAAAUUGGACGUAGACUACGGAUUUGUUAUGUACGAAACGAUCCUGACGGAUGAUCAAAAGGAUUAUAAAAAUAACGGCACGGACUCAAUGGACCUCGUCAUCAGCGUGAUUAGAGAUCGCGCAAUCGUUUAUCUAGACCAAGUAUGUGUACUUAUAUACAGAUAGUGAUUUUUAAUUUGUCCACUUGAGACAAUUACUUUUAUUCAUCUCAAUUUAUUACAUGCAUAAUAAAUACACGGAACGGAUAUUUCACAUUUAAGUUUAGGUAGGGGAAGAGUAGUGGAAUAUCAUUUGUGUGGCAGCACGGCCCGCGGAACAUUAUUAGUUCUCCACUACUCUCCCCUACCUAAACUUAAAAGUAGAAUAUCUCGUUAACGGGUUGACGGAAAUUAAAAAUGUCGACACCAACAUUUAUUUAAAGUAAUAUUCCGUCUAUUUGUGGAAUUUUCAAUAUAGGGUCCCAUUUGAAUAACCAAAGUUGGUAUCACCUCAGGAUACUCCUUAAAUGUUGUGAAAAAUCAAAGUAUUAGUAAAUAUCGGCUUUAACUAGAUUUAAAUAUUCCGAAAAUCAGAAUUUGAAUACGUGUAAAAUUUAAACAGAAAAAUGGGGUGUGAACACGCUUAGUGAAUCACCCCGUAUACAAGUAUAUUUGAUUGUCAUAUUUGAAAAUCAGAAAAAAUAUAUAAUUUUUAUUCACCUGUUUAUUAUAAAAAACAGUAAAACCAUAUACAUGUAGUUCUUAUUCAAUAUUAUUUUCAAACGCUCAUAAUAUUAGAAAUUCCCGAGAAAUGAUAGCAGGUAUUCGAAUCACACGAAAAAGCCAAUUAAAGAAAACAAAUUCACCCUUUAAACGACUGUGAUAUUAUAAAACUGUAUUUGUAUUGUUUAUUUUGUAUAGUUGGAAAUUCAAUAAAUAUUACCAUUAUUGUUAAAACGAAAAAUAUGCCGUUCUGUUUUGUAUGUAAUGUUUAGAAACAAGUGAACGUAAUACCGAGGAAAUACGAAAAUACGCCAAUCAAAUUGAAUGUGUCCGAAGCGGAUAAAAAGCUCAGCAUCCUAAUAGAGAACCAAGGCAGAAUCAAUUACGGAAGUUUUUUGGAAGACAGAAAGGUUCGGUAUUAUAAUAUAUUUUACUUUUAAGUACAUUCAUUUCUUCAUCGCAUGCCAUCAUCUUUUAUUUUGCACGCAGGGAAUUUUCGAACCGGUCAAACUGGGCUCCCGAACGCUGGGCCCGUGGAAAAUGAUACCGUACACUUUGAACGAAACGUCGUGGCUGUCCGCGAUUGUAGAACCAGUUGAAAAUGUCAUAUUACCGGCAUUUUACAGAACGCGAUUCGCGUUUCCGAACGAUACGAGUUCAUUCCAACUUUUUGAUACGUAUUUGGACACUACGGGUUGGCAUAAGGUUCGGCGUAAUGUUUUUCAUAUUAUCACUUGAGUAUAAUUAUUAUUAUUGUUAGUAAAGCGAACAUCAGUGCAUUUAUGAGUGACGAAUACGCCGUUUAAAAGAGCAAACCAUGCGUAAUGCGCCAUUGUUUUUGUACUUUUACGCCGUCUGAAGGAAAAGCCCACACAGUUGCAAUUUUUCAAGGCACAUUUUCAAUAUCCGUUUUUAUAUUCUGAGCGAAGCGAGGAACAAUAUAGGGUUUACCAUGAUAUUUAUAUUUUUGUUUUUUAUGCUGUGUACAAAAAUCCAACCAGAAAUCUUGGUCCGAUACAUACGUGAGGCUUUCUGAAAGGAAAUAUUGUUUAGAUGGUACGUUAGGGAGGUAAUUUUUUUGAUUUACCAAGCGAAUUUAUUUCAUAAUUACUCCCGGGAUAAAAUUUAACAAAAGCGGGACAUUUUUAUUAUUUUAAAUUGUAUUAUUUGUUGUAGUUCAGUUAUGAAUAUUCGCAAAGACUUGAAAUUUUGACAGAAAACAUAUAUUUGGCUUUUUUAGACGUGGUAAAACUGUAAAAAAAUUUUAGCCAUAUUUGAGAUACUUAUAGAUAUUUUAAUUUUAUGAGUAAUUUUUAUUUUGCGUAGAUACUCUGUGAAUAAAAUUGUUAGACUAAACAGAAAUUCUUGAAAAUUGAACAUGAGGUUAAUUAUUAUAAGUAGUACUUUGUGAUCAAAACAAACAAAAAAUGUACUUAAUGUAGUAUAUUUUUUUUAUAAGAACUUGUUUUCUACCAGAAAUUUUCUCCGAUUUUAAGGAUAGCAAUUUUUCUAAAAGAAAAUAUGACUGGGGAGGUACUUUAUAUUUUUUGAUUUUCUCAGAAGUUUUCUGAAUAUAUUGGAAAAAUCGAAAAAAAACGGGAGAACGGGAAAAUAGGUACAAUAUUAAACAAAUAUUAUUAAAGAAAAUAUUUAACACAUUUGUAACCAUUUUACCAUAAUAUGACAUGUUAUGGCAACAUCCUUCCUAACUCCUUACCUACAACUGCGACUGCACCCACGUACGAAAUAUGUCCGUUCUUUUAGAAUCAUAUCGUUUACAAAACAGUUAUUUUGAAGAUUGAACAAAUACAUUUUUUUUUGUGAUUAAAGGGAGGAAAUGAAAAUUACAUUUUUCUCUUUGGAAAAAAAUUUGUUUACAAAAAAAUGGCGUGACACUAUAUUUUUUUUAAUGCGUACAUUAAGUGCCUACAUAUUUAUUCACUUUUUGGUGCAUAAACAUCCCAAACGUAUGUAACGUAUUAUAAUAUACUCGUAUUAUAGUCAUAACAAUUUCGGUCUCUACAUACUUAUAAGGAAUCCCGAAUCAUACAACAGAUUUACAAUAAUUAUUUAUUAUUUUUACAGGGAGUUGCGUUUGUGAACGGAAUAAACAUUGGCCGUUAUUGGUCGUCAGGUGGACCUCAAAUCAAUCUUUACGUACCGGCUACGUUCCUUGUCCCACCGCCCGGUGAAAACACUAUUGUAAUGUUAGAACUCGAAGGCGUUCCUGAUGAUUUGUCUAUAUCGCUGACCGACAAGCCUAAUAUUUUCGGUCACCUCGGGGUGUAA